AUGACAUCACAAGUGACAAUAGUUAUCUUCCAAAUCAAGCAACAGAAGCUCCACGGGAUAGUGCACUGGUUCGUAACUCAUGAAAAUGGCUCUAAUUAUGGUAAACUAGAAUACCAAAAUGCUGCACGCUAUUGGGAAUUUGACUCGGCUUGA